AUGGCAGAAGACUCGCCGCUGCUGAAGCUGAAAGAUGUGGAGCAAGCGCUCGGCCAGGAUCCGUAUAUGGGCUCCCUUCGCCGAAGAGUGCAGCGGCUCAUGGGCUCGGAGAGCAACCCCAAGUUUGCAGAGCAUGCCGAGCAUGCCUUUCGCGGAGCUUUCGCGCUGGUUUUCUUCUCCAUUCCCAUUAUCAUGCCCAAGGGCGUGUGGCCCUUCCGGGACAAAGUGAUGAGCUUGGGUGUCUACUCCGCCGGCGUCUGCAUGUUCAUCGUCUUAAACCUUGGGAUCUCCUUCGGCCAGGCCUUCAACAGCUGCAAGUCAGGAUUGCAGGGAACACUCCUCUCCUCGAUGAUGGGUUGGCUCAUGUACACGCUGUACCCCGAGGGCUACCUAAGCAGCUCUCCCGAGUCUGUCUUCUAUGGCGGUGUCGCAGUUGGAGUGAUUUAUGUCAGUGUCGUGAUGUCUCUUCGGUUUGGCAUCUCUUUGCAAAUGUUUGCACUGUCCAACUUCGCGGCCACGUGGAUGGACUUCCUGAACGAAAAGCAGGAGGCCAACAUCAUGCCUCCUUGGGCUCCUGGAUGGAGCAUUGAGAAGGACAUUCUGUCCCAGAACUUUGUUUGUACAGGGCUGGGCAUGGUGGCAGUGAUGAUCGCCAGCUUGUUCCCUUAUCCAAGAUGGUCCCUUAUGUUUGUGACCGAGCGCCAGCUCAAUGCGAACCUGCAAGUGGUCCAGGUGCUGGAAACAAUUGUGAUGUAUUACUCGCACAACAAGCCGAAUGUCUACGCAAAGGAUCAAGUCAUCCGCAGGCUCAGCAAGCUGAGAGGGAUGCUACAGGACAACGACACCUUGCUGGCUGCGGCCUGGUGGGAGUGUUAUGGUUUGGGCCGAUCACAAGUCAAACGACGUGUUCUGGCAUCCAUGGACAAAACUACCCACACGCUGAGUGACAUGAUUUGGAAUGCUUGGCAGGAAUCCAUCUCCGAGGAGGUAGGGCAGAUGGAUGCAGAGCUUAUGCGCCAAGCGAGGCCCAGCAUUGAGGCAGUGUUAAAAGCGAUGCAAGUUACGCUCAACUUGCUGGUCAAGGCUGCCUCCGACGGAGAACUGGAUAAGGCAGAGGUGGUGGCGCUACAGCAAGGCUUCAAGGACUUGGAGGAGAAAGACAAGGAGAUGUCCAAGCAGUUCGCCAUGGCCCGUAAGGAGAUCACAAAAGGUCAGCCCAUGGCCAUCUACAGG